AUGGCAACUAAAUCGUUUGGAUCGAAUGAGAGCUGUGUCGUCUGUCAAAAGACAGUGUUUGCCACUGAGCGUUUGGCUUCAGAUGAGCGUGUCUUCCACAAGGCUUGCUUCAGAUGCUCAACCUGUAACAAUAUAUUGAAGCUUGGAAACUACGCCUCGAUGCAGUCCAAGUCAUUCUGCAAGCCAUGCUUCAAGAAGCUGUUCUUCACCAAGGGCAAUUACAGCGAGGGUUUCGGUCAGUUGAAGCCACAGCACCAAUUCGACAUGAAGAGAGGCACACCAACCGUCACACACGUCACUCCACCACCUCCACCUGUCAACGCCUCUACACCAGUCCCAGAGGUCGUUGUCGCCCCAACCCCAGCCCCAGCUCCAGCUCCAGUUGCUGCUCCAACUCCAGCUCCAGCUCCAGCACCAGUUUCUGCCCCAGCACCAGCACCAGUUGCCGCUCCAACUCCAGCCCCAGCACCAGUUGCUGUUGCACCAAAGCCAGUUGUCGUUGCUGCCACACCAAAGCCAGUCGUCCAGGCUACACCAACACCAGCACCAGCAGCAUCAAAGCCAUUCAAUGUUGCCCUCAAGCCAGUCUCUCAGACAAAGCCAGUGGCUACCCCAACUACCACCACCACCACACCAGCGCCAAAGCCAGUCGCCACAACUGCCUCUGCACCAAAGUCAUUCGCCAAGCCAAUGACCACCACACCAGUGUCUCCAGACAGACCAUCCACCACCACACCAGCGCCAAAGCCAGCCACCACCACUGCUGCUGCACCCAAGUCGACCUAUGUCAACUUCCAAGCCUUCCGUGACUUCUCCAAGCCAUCCACCACCGCCAAGAUCUUCAUUUCCAAGUCUUCCUCCAAGUCUCAGGAGAACCUUGCACCAGCACCAGCCCCAGUUGCCGCUGCACCAGCUCCAGCCCCAGUUGCCGCUGCACCAGCACCAGCCCCAGUCGAGCCAGUCGUCGAGGCCACUCCAGAGCCAGUUGUCGAGCCAGUCGUCGAGCCAGUCGUCGAGCCAGUCGUCGAGCCAGUCGCCGAGACAAUCGAGCCAGUUGUUGACUCACCAGUCGAGCCAGAGGAGGAGUCCGAGGUUGUUGCUGAGUCCACUCAGGAGGAGCCAGAAGUUGAGCAACUCACCCAAGAGUUUGAGGAGAAGGUGAACGUUGUUGAGGAGCCAAUCCAAGCCUAA